AUGGCAAAUAACACAAUCGCUGCAUUGUCGUGUGAUCGUUACUCUCUCUUUGGUGAGAAAUGUGUAGAUGUGGGCGUGUGCAGGAGCACUGGGGUUCGUAUUUGGCUUUGCUACCAAACAUUUGGGAAGCGAGAUGCCGCGGGUGGCGUGGUGCUUCUUAUCAUGGGCCUUGCCUCUCCUUCCCUGCUAUGGGAUAUGAAGUUUUGUGAAUGUUUGGCAUCACGUGGGUAUUAUGUCAUUCGGUUUGACAACCGUGAUAUGGGGCGGAGUACAUUUCUCACCGAUCGAAGGGUGAUGCCGGCAACAGCAACUACAAAUUCUGCAGAGGAUGAGACGGAUGUAUGGAAUACUAAUGCAUUUUCAUCUUCCUCUUCUUCACCGUCCUCUUCAGACUCCUGGUUUGGGGCGUUCGGCGACAGUAAACUACAUUUGAUGCGGUUGGCCUACUCUGGUGCUGUGUCAGGGGGUCGUAAGCUCCUACGUGAGGUCUACACAUUGGAGGACAUGGCGAGGGACAGUGUCGGUUUACUUGACGCGUUGAAUGUUCGCAAGGCGCAUAUUGUAGGCAUGUGUAUGGGUGGUGUGAUUGCGCAAUUGGUAGCCAUUUACCACUCCACACGUGUUGAGUCUCUUUCAUUGUUAUCAACGUACAGUGGAUCCUUGCAAGCGGGGCGGCCCUCUUUGCGUGAAGCAUUUGCAUUGGCCCAGGUUGUCACAUAUAUUGCAUGUAAAGGCUUUGCGGUGCCUGCUUCACUUCGAGGGAAAAAUGGUAAAAGCGGUCCUUCGCCAAAAGAGGAGGAGGCGUUGGCACACACAUUAGUGAAUCUUAUUGCACGUUUUGCGCCGGGAGCGGAGCCUUCCUUUUCCAUAGAUCGAAAGGCUUGUUUUAAACAGGUGCAACGCAUACUUCGGCGGAGUUCUGAUUUCAGUGGUGUCUUGCGGCAGUACGUGGCACUGCUGAACGCAAAAGACCGCACGGCAGGGUUAAAACGCAUUCAUGUGCCCACAGUUAUUUUGCAUGGCACGAAAGACCCCAUUGUGCCUUACGUGAACGGGAAACAGCUUGCCGGCAUGAUUCCGCAGGCCAAGUUUGUGACUCUUGAAGGAAUAGGCCACGUUUUACACCCCGCACUGCGUGAAAAGAUUAUUGAUACGCUUGCAGCAAAUAUGCAACAGUCAAGGCGUGGAAAACAAGGUUUGCCCACAACAUCGAGGCUAUGA